AUGAUCGCGGGCGAUGACACACAGAAUGUAUUCAAUGCUAGUAAUAUCGGUUCAAAUGACACUUUCAACUUCUUCGACGACGCUAGACUGGUGUCGCUUCUCAAACACAGAGGCACCAACCAAAGCACUAACAUCGGCGAUUGGUUGAGAGCGUUAGAAGAUUUAAGGAACAAAUAUAACAUAUCACUCGUAAAGGAAUGCGAUCGUUCUGAUUACUGUUCCGGCGAAUUUAGAGAUUUAAUUCUCGCUUACAACAGCAUUCACGGAUAUAUAAGUCUAUUAAUAUGUUUAUUUGGUAGUCUUGCCAAUGCAUUGAACGUAGUUGUUCUGACGAGGCGGGACCUCGCUGCUGCUCCCAUCAAUCGUCUCUUGAAAUGGCUUGCUGUAGCUGAUGUGUUCGUCAUGAUGGAGUAUGUGCCGUUUGCUGUUUACAGAUACCUGUUGUUUCCCGGUCAACAAGAGCGUCCGUACUCCUGGGCUGUCUAUAUGUUAUUCCACAUGCACUUCACACAGAUCUUACAUACAGCGUCAAUACUAUUGACGUUAUCCCUCGCUAUCUGGAGAUACAUAGCGAUCAAAUACCCAUCUCACGGAGCCUCGUGGUGCACAGAGCGACGUUGUUCAAUCGCUAUCAUGACUAGCUUCCUACUACCUCCAAUACUAUGCGUUCCAUCUUACUUUGUGUUUACGAUACACGAAGACUACACCUUUGAUCGUCCACCGUCCAAAGUUUAUUACGUGGAUUCCAAUUACGACGGCAAACUUUACCAGAUCAACUUCUGGGUUCACGCGGUGGUGAUCAAGUUACUGCCGUGUGUUAUCCUGACGGUGAUAAGUGCAUGGUUGAUACGAGUUUUAUAUAGAGCUAAUAGUAGAAAAAGAGCAUUAAAAGGUUACAGUGCUUGUCCGGCGAGCACAGUCGUCAAUGGUAAUGGAAAUGUUUUCACAAGGAAACCUACAAAGAGAUCAAAAGCUGAGCGAAGAACUGAUCGCACUACGAAAAUGCUGGUCGCAGUUUUACUUCUGUUUCUUCUUACUGAAUUCCCACAAGGAAUUUUAGGUCUGAUGAGUGGAACUUUGGGCAGGUGCUUUUUCAAGCGUUGCUACGAUCUCUUCGGAGAGUUGAUGGAUGCACUGGCUCUACUUAAUGGAGCUAUUAACUUUGUUCUAUACUGUUCAAUGUCCAAACAGUUCAGAACUACAUUCCGUCAAAUAAUGUGGAAUAAAUGUACACCCGCACCACGAGCUGGUUCUCAUACUGAACUACAAACUACAUACGUUUAA